AUGGCGGUUCUGGUGUCAGACAUUCAAAGACUGGUGACGUGCGUCCGAAACAAUUCAGACGUUGGGCAAAUCACCGAUCAGGUGGACUCGAUCGCGGACAUUGUCGGCAAAGUCAUCUCGGAGACAGACAAGAACGGAUAUCGCGGCUAUACUGCCCAGCUCAGCGACUGA